AUGGCUCAGAGUCAAGCAUUACGCUGGAUUCAGCUGCUGCUGAAAUGCACGAUCUUUUUGUCGAUGACUGGGGCGGCCGUUUCGUCGAGAUUAUUCUCAGUUAUUCGGUUCGAAUCGAUCAUUCACGAAUUCGACCCUUGGUUUAACUUCAGAGCUACCAAAUAUUUGGUGAAUAAUGGAUUCUACAAGUUUUUGAACUGGUUCGAUGAUCGUACAUGGUACCCAUUGGGAAGAGUCACGGGUGGAACUCUGUACCCUGGUCUUAUGACAACAUCUGCGGCCGUGUGGCACGGACUACGUAAGAUCGGUCUUCCUGUGGAUAUCAGAAACGUGUGUGUCAUGUUUGCACCUGCAUUUUCAGGUGUUACGGCCUGGGCUACUUACCAUUUGACUUGCGAAAUUAAAGAUUCUGGCGCAGGACUGUUGGCUGCGGCAUUCAUUGCCAUUGCUCCCGGCUAUAUCUCAAGAUCCGUGGCAGGUUCCUACGAUAACGAGGCUAUUGCAAUCACCCUAUUGAUGGUUACCUUCAUGUUUUGGAUCAAGGCCAUGAAGACAGGCUCCAUCAUGCACUCCACCCUGGCCGCUGUGUUCUAUUUCUAUAUGGUAUCAGCAUGGGGUGGUUAUGUCUUCAUUACCAACUUGAUUCCCCUACAUGUAUUCCUUUUGAUCCUCAUGGGGCGUUAUUCCACGCGUCUCUACUCUGCGUACACCACCUGGUACGCCAUCGGAACACUUGCAUCGAUGCAAAUUCCAUUUGUCGGAUUUCUACCAAUCAGGUCAAAUGACCACAUGGCAGCUCUAGGGGUGUUCGGAUUGACACAAAUUGUGGCAUUGGGAAGUUUUGUCAAAUCCCAGGUCUCUUGGGCCAAAUUCAAGACCGUUAUGGUUGUAUCGAUCGCUUUCAUUCUUGCCGUUGGCAUCUUUGGUCUUUUCGCCCUGACCUACUUUGGCUAUAUUGCACCUUGGACCGGAAGAUUCUACUCUCUAUGGGACACCAACUAUGCCAAGAUUCAUAUCCCAAUUAUCGCGUCGGUUUCAGAACAUCAACCUACAGCGUGGCCAGCAUUUUUCUUUGAUACCCAGUUCCUCAUCUGGCUAUUCCCAGCCGGAGUCUUCUUGCUGUUUUUGGAGCUGAAAGACGAGCAUGUUUUCAUUAUCGCGUAUUCUGUUCUGUGCUCUUACUUUGCCGGUGUAAUGGUCAGAUUGAUGCUGACAUUGACGCCAGUCAUCUGUGUUUGUGCUGCGGUAACUAUUUCCAAAUUAUUCGAUGUCUACGCUGAUUUUUCCUCAACCCCAACGAAUCAAGAUGUUGCUCCAACAACUUAUCGGAAAACUCGCUUCAUGACUUUGGUGACUAAGCUGACAGUAUGUUGCACUUUCUUGGGUUACCUAUACUUGUUUGUCUAUCACUGCACUUGGGUGACAUCGAAUGCGUAUUCAUCCCCAUCCGUCGUCCUGCCUUCCCGUAAUCAAGAUGGUUCUCCAGCCUUGAUCGACGACUUCCGUGAAGCAUACUACUGGCUGCGUAUGAAUACCGCCGAGGAUGCCAAGGUUGCAUCCUGGUGGGAUUACGGCUACCAGAUUGGUGGAAUGGCUGAUAGAACCACCCUUGUAGACAAUAACACAUGGAAUAACACGCACAUUGCUAUAGUGGGCAAAGCAAUGUCUUCGCCACAAGAUAAAGCUUAUGAAAUUUUGAAAGAGCACGAUGUUGAUUACGUUCUGGUAAUUUUUGGAGGAUUGAUAGGAUUCUCAGGAGAUGACAUCAACAAAUUUUUGUGGAUGGUACGUAUCUCAGAAGGGAUAUGGCCAGACGAAAUCAAAGAAAGAGAGUAUUUUACAGCGUCGGGUGAAUAUCGGAUGGAUGAGGCCGCUCCACAGACCAUGAAGGAUUCUUUGAUGUACAAAUUAUCAUAUUACAGAUUCCCAUCGCUUUUCAAUGGGGUGGAAGGACAGGAUCGUGUCCGUGGCCAAAGAAUCAGACAACAGGAUGUUGGCGAUUUAGACUACUUUGAGGAGGUCUUCACCUCUGAGAACUGGAUCGUGAGGUUAUACAAGCUGAAGGAACAAGAUCCAAUGGGUAGAGACCUGCAUUCCGCUGGAGAAUUUGCUCGUAACUCGGCUCGCGGUUUGAAAAAGAGAAUUGCGAAAAAACCCUCGGUGGACGUGAGAGUUUAG